GAGCAUUGAAGGCAUACUUGACCUAAUCUUAUUUCAUGGAAUGAUGAGAGCACAGAACCAAGUGCACAUGAUGCAAGAGUGAGAACAAUCCAAAGAACUUCUUUAACAUCAGAAUUUAGCAUCAUUUCUUGCGUACACAAAGACACAGAUGUUCCUAGCAUGAUUGCGCUUCUAGAAUCCUUUAACACCUACCAAGAGAGUCCUCUGUGUGUCCACGUCAUACACCUUGUUGAGCUCUUGGGAAAAAGUACACCCAUUCUUCUUCCUUUGAAAAAGAAAAACAAGAAGGUCAAAUCAUCCGCCAUUUAUCUUGAAACCAACCAGAUCAUGCGAGCAUUUGAGAAUUACUCGCAAAACUCUGCGGGUGCGGUAACCGUGCUUUCCUAUGUCAACAUUGCGCCUUACAAGAUCAUGCAUGAGUCUGUUUGUAAUCUUGCUGACCACAACCGGAUAUCUUUGAUUCUCAUCCCUUUCUAUGAAUACAAGCAAAGCAUUAAUAGCCAUGACGGAACCUUUAUUCGCGACCUUAACACCUCCUUUCAACUAAAUGCAAGAUGCACAAUAGGCAUCCUAGUGGACAGAUAUUCAACAUUGGCUUUGAAUGCAUCGUUAUCAUGUUUUCAUGUGGCUAUCUUCUUCCUUGGUGGGCAAGACGAUAGAGAAGCACUAGCAUUAGUAGAAGAAGAACAAGCAGAAGCAGAUAAGAUAUUGGACGAAUGCUUGGUAGAUGAAUUCAAGGGGAAGAAGGUUGUCCACAACAAUGCUAAUUUUCAUGAAAUUUUGGUAGAAGAUUCCAUAGGUGUUUUAGAAGCGAUUCGGGGCAUGGAGAUGGAGAUAUAUGACCUUGUCAUUGUCGGAAAGAGGCAUCAAUCUAUGAGUAUUACGGAUGAAGAAAUGAUGGAUUUUAUGGACAACGCGGAUCAAUUAGGAGUUAUUGGCGACAUGUUAGCGUCCACAGAGUUUUAUGGUGGGAAAAUUUCACUCUUGGUGAUGCAAUGUGGAGGGAGGAAGGUUUUGGAAAAGAAAACCUCUACUAAUCGAGGUUUAAAACUUUAA